AUGACUAUGGAUAUCAUUAAAACAAUCGAGGAUGACGAGGAAAUUGAGAAUUUAUCGGAAGAUUCUGAUGUUGAGGUCGAAUAUCAACCAACAAAACAGAAGACACAAAAGAAAAAGUACUUUGAGGAAGGCUUCAAGUUCGUCUCUACAGCAUCCGAUUAUAAUAAAGAUACAUGGGAUGAUUUAAUGAAAUUUGUCAAGAAAAGAACUCGCGGUAAAGUUGAAGACAAGAUUGCUAAAGUCAUUAAAUCCAGAAAGAAUGAUGUGCAGAAUGAAUUGGAUGAUAGCAGUGACAGCGAUGGAAAUGACAAUAAUGAUGAAAUAGACUUGUCUGAGGAUGAAUUAAAGCACGAUAAUUUGCGUAUAAAGCAGAAAAAAGGCAAGAAACGGAAGCUGCUUGUUGAAGACGAGAUUAUUGAUGACGAGCAGGAGAAAAUGGAAUUUGAUGAACAGAUUGAAGCUACUGGAGACAUGAAUUCAUUCUAUCAAAUGAACCUUUCUCGUCCACUUAUGAAAGCUAUUGGAAUUUUAGGAUUUACGCAUCCCACUCCUAUCCAAUCGUCCACAAUACCUGUUGCACUUCUUGGACGUGACAUUUGCGGUUGUGCAGCUACUGGAACAGGUAAAACUGCUGCCUAUAUGUUGCCAACGAUUGAAAGAUUGUUGUAUAAACCACUUACUGCGGAAUCAGUAACUAGAGUUUUAGUGCUUGUUCCAACUCGUGAGUUAGGUGCUCAAGUUUAUCAAGUCACAAAACAAUUGUGUCAAUAUUCAAACAUUGAUAUUGGAUUAGCUAUUGGUGGAUUGGAUGUAAAGGCUCAAGAAAGUGUUUUAAGAACUAAUCCAGAUAUCGUCAUUGCUACGCCUGGUCGAUUGAUUGAUCACAUUAAGAAUACGCCGAGUUUUGCCCUUGAUUCUAUUGAGGUUUUAAUUCUCGACGAAGCUGAUCGUAUGCUGGAUGAAUAUUUUGCUGAACAGAUGAAGGAAAUUGUCAAUAGUUGUGCCAAGACUAGACAAACAAUGCUGUUUUCAGCUACGAUGACAGAACAAGUCAAGGAUUUAGCUGCUGUGUCUUUAAAUAAGCCAGUUAAAAUUUUCGUUAAUAAUAAUCAAACUGUAGCAUUUAAUUUGCGUCAAGAGUUUAUAAGAAUUCGUGAUGGCAAGGAAGGAGAUCGUGAACCAAUUUUGGCAGCAUUAAUAUGCAGAACUUUUCAUGAUCAUUGCAUGAUUUUUGUUCAGACAAAGAAGACAGCACAUCGUUUGAGAAUUAUUCUUGGACUUUUGGGAAUUAAAAUUGGCGAAUUGCAUGGUGAUUUGUCACAAGCUCAACGUUUGGAGUCACUUAAACAAUUUAAAGAUGAGCAAAUUGAUGUUUUAGUUGCAACUGACGUAGCUGCAAGAGGUUUAGAUAUUUCUGGAGUAAAGACAGUCAUCAAUUUUGUUAUGCCAAUUAGUUUAGAGCAUUAUAUCCAUAGAGUGGGUCGUACAGCAAGAGCAGGUAAAGCUGGUAUUUCAGUGUCAUUAGCAGGCGAACAAGAAAGAAAAAUUGUUAAGGAUAUCAUUAAAAAUGCUGUAAAUCCAGUCAAGAAUCGUAUGAUUCCACCAGAAAUUAUUGACAAAUAUAGAAAAAAGUUAUUGGCACUCGAAUCAGAAAUCGUUAAAGUUUAUGAAGAAGAACGUGCUGAAAAAGAGUUGGCUCAAACUGAACAGCAAUUAAGUAAAACUCAGAAGAAAUUAGCAGCAAAUAAAUCAGAUGGAGAUCCCCAAAAGCGUGAGUGGUUCCAAACACAUCGACAGCGAAUGGAAGAAAAAGAAAGGUUGUCAAUUAAUCCAAAAGAUCCUGAAACUAAAGGCAAAAAUAAGCAAAAGAAACGAAAACGUGGCGAGGACGAUGAAAGUGAUCUUGAGGAUUAUGCCUUUAAAAAACGUAAUAUUGAAGAUAAGCUUAAAAAGGAAAAGAAACCAUUAGCAAAAUCAGCCAGAGCUCUAUUACGUGAACGAGCAACAAAGGAUUUAGAAAAGGCUUCAUUAACUCGAGCAAAAAUGUCAAAAUCACAACAUAAGAUGACAAAAUUGCGAACUGUUGAAGACGUAUCAUCAUUCAAAAAGGACAAACCAUUUGUUAAACCGAAAAAGAGCACUUCAAAGUUCAAUUUAGACAUGGAUACAAGCAAGAAAGGCGUAAAGAAAUUGAGAUAUGAUGCCAGCAAGCAACAGAAGACUAAAACCUUCAAUAAAGGCAAAAUGAAUAAGGGUAAACCCAAGACGAGUCAGGAGAAAGUUAAGAAUCGAGCUGGACUUAAUAAACAAAAUAAAGGAAAAGUGUUUGGACGUCCAAAGCAGAAGAGAAACAAAGGUUGCUGUUCAUGUAGAUUGAACUAG